AUGUACACAGUGUCGGAACAAAUAAUUUUAUAUACCUCGCCCACCGAAGGAUUUCAACGCCUCGCUCGUCUACUUGAAGCUGAAAACCAAAAGUUUUCGGUGAUUAGCUACAGGUACAAUCGGAGUUUGGGAUUCGGUGACGGCUGUAACCACCAUUCACCGUCAGCACUGGCCACACGACAAGUGAAAGAAUCAGCACCGACAGAAAAAAACGAAAAGGUUAAAAAAAAAACAACCAAGAUCAACUUCUCGAUUGGAUGGUCGUCUAAUGGACGCAAAGAGGGAGAAAGGCAACGAAAAGUUGGAGUUCAGCGAGCCAGGAGGCAAAAUGUUUAA